UCCACUCGGGCCGGAGGCGCCUCGGAGCCGGGGGCCCAGCCCGGGAAGCGCGAGGAGCCGGGCAGCUCAGCGGAGCCCGCCGCCCGGGACAUGGCCAAGGCGGGCCGUGCAGGUGGCCCCACCCCGGGCGGCGGUGCCCCCUGGCACCUUCGAAAUGUCCUCAGCGACUCAGUGGAGAGCUCGGAUGAUGAAUUCUUUGAUGCAAGAGAGGAGGUGGCUGAAGGGAAGAAUGCCAUCCUCAUCGGGAUGAGCCAGUGGAAUUCGAAUGACCUGGUGGAGCAGAUGGAGACCAUGGGCAAACUGGAGGAGCAUCAAGGAGAAGGGAGCGCGCCCUGCACAUCCAGCGUCCUGCAGGAGAAGCAGAGAGAGCUGUACCGGGUCUCCUUGAGAAGACAGAAGUUCCCGGCCCAAGGAAGCAUUGAGAUCCACGAAGACAGUGAGGAAGUCUUCUCCCAGCGUUCCUGCAAGACGCAAGUGCUCCUGCUGGUGCUGCACGGGGGGAACGUCCUGGACACGGGCUCGGGGGACCCCUCCUGCAAGGCAGCCGACAUCCACACGUUCAGCUCCGUGCUGGAGAAGGUCACACGCGCCCACUUCCCUGCGGCCCUGGGCCACAUCCUCAUCAAGUUUGUGCCCUGUCCUGCCAUCUGCUCCGAGGCCUUCUCGCUGGUCUCCAACCUCAAUCCCUACAGCCACGAUGAGGGCUGUCUCAGCAACAGCCAGGACCACGUCCCUCUGGCCGUGCUGCCCCUGUUGGCCAUCUCCUCCCCACAGUACCAGGAUGCGGUUGCCACCGUCAUCGAGCAAGCCAACCAGGUCUACGCAGAGUUCCUCAAGUCCCCGGACGGCAUCGGCUUCAGUGGGCAGGUGUGUCUCAUCGGGGACUGUGUGGGGGGCCUCCUGGCCUUUGAUGCCAUCUGCUACAGUGCGGGGCCCUCGGGCGACAGCCCUGGCAGCAGCAGCCGGAAGGGGAGCAUCAGCAGCACCCAGGACACCCCGGGGGUGGAGGAGGAGUGCAGUCUGGCCGGCAGCAAGCGGCUCAGCAAAAGCAGCAUUGACAUCUCCAGCGUGUUGGAGGACGAGGAACCCAAGAGGCCGUUGCCACGGAAACAGAGCGAUUCCUCCACCUAUGACUGCGAGGCCAUCACCCAGCAUCAUGCCUUCCUAUCAAGGAUACAUACAAGACUCCAGGUGCGUCCGGCCUGCAGCCAGGUCUACAGCUUCUUCCACUGCGCAGACCCUUCCGCCUCACGGCUUGAGCCGCUGCUGGAGCCCAAGUUCCACCUGGUGCCGCCCGUCAGCGUGCCCCGCUACCAGAGGUUCCCGCUGGGCGAUGGACAGUCCCUCCUCCUUGCGGAUGCCCUGCACACCCACAGCGCCCUCUUCCUGGAGGGCAGCUCCCAGGGAAGCCCGCCGAUGGUGGACGCCCCCGCCUCGCCCCUUCAGGCCCCGCGGUCCCAGCGCCCGGGGCGGAGGAUGAGCCAGGGCAGCUUGCACAGCGAGAGCUCCGAGUCCUCAGACAGCCUGGCACCCAUCGGCGCCUCCUGCAUCACGGCCAAGUGGUGGGGUGCCAAGCGCAUCGACUACGCCCUGUACUGCCCCGAGGUCCUCACCGCCUUCCCCACUGUGGCGCUGCCCCACCUCUUCCACGCCAGCUACUGGGAGUCCACGGACGUGGUGGCCUUCAUCCUGAGACAGAACGUCACUGCCAACCACCGGGCCAACGACGUGAUUGCCGCUGAAGACGGCCCCCAGGUCCUGGUGGGGCGGUUCAUGUACGGGCCCCUGGACAUGGUGGCUCUGACGGGAGAGAAGGUGGACAUCCUGGUGAUGGCGGAGCCGUCCUCGGGCCGCUGGGUGCACCUGGACACGGAGAUCACCAACAGCAGCGGCCGGAUCACCUACAGCGUGCCGAGGCCCCGGCGCCUGGGGGUGGGCGUGUACCCCGUGAAGAUGGUGGUCAGGGGCGACCAGACCUGUGCGAUGAGCUACCUCACGGUGCUGCCCCGUGGCAUGGAGUGCGUGGUAUUCAGCAUCGACGGGUCCUUUGCCGCCAGCGUGUCCAUCAUGGGAAGUGACCCCAAGGUCCGGCCGGGGGCAGUGGACGUUGUCCGGCACUGGCAAGACCUGGGCUACAUGAUCCUCUACAUCACGGGGCGGCCGGACAUGCAGAAGCAGCGGGUGGUUUCCUGGCUGUCCCAGCACAACUUCCCACAGGGCAUGAUCUUCUUCUCGGACGGGCUGGUGCACGACCCGCUGCGGCAGAAGGCCAUCUUCCUCCGCAACCUCGUGCAGGAGUGCUUCAUCAAGAUCAGCGCUGCCUAUGGCUCCACGAAGGACAUCUCCGUCUACAGCGUGCUGGGCCUGCCGCCCUCCCAGAUCUUCAUUGUGGGCCGGCCCACCAAGAAGUACCAAACCCAGUGCCAGUUCCUGAGCGAGGGCUACGCCGCCCACCUGGCCGCCCUGGAGACCAGCCACCGCGCGCGCCCCAAGAAGAACAACUCGCGGAUGGUCCUGCGCAAGGGCAGCUUCGGCCUCCACGCGCAGCCCGACUUCCUCCGCAAGCGCAACCACCUGCGCAGGACCAUGUCGGUGCAGCAGCCCGACCCGCCCGCCAACCCCAAGCCCGAGCGCGCCCAGAGCCAGCCCGAGUCCGACAAGGACCACGAGCGGCCCCUGUCGGCGCUCAGCUGGGCGCGCGGGACCCCCAAGUUCGAGUCGGUGCCCUGAGGGUGGGCUGUGCGCGAAGCAGGGGGCCCUUACCUGGCUGCCUGCGGGGACGGGAGCGGCUGCCUUCUCCCGGACACAGGCCCUUUCUUGCUUUUUCCCUCCCGUGUCUGUCCAGUAGUGUCUGACCACAGGGGGGAGGGGCCCUACCCGGCCUUGGGGGGCUCCCUCGGCUGCCAGGGGGUGAGAUCCCGGGUCUCAGUGCAGCCACUGCUGCCUCCCCGGUGCCUGCGGCUUCAAGCCCUAAUCGGGGUUGAUGUCUGUGAGGUGGGUGCAGGCCUGCCCGGAGCUGGAGUGUUGGACAAAGGCGACCAUCUUUCUGGGUUCUCCGGGCUUCCAAGGUCAUGCGAGGCAGGCCCCGAAGGGAGAAGCCCCCAGACCGGGGAUCCAGGGCCGCUGGCAGGAGGAGAGGCGAGUGGCAUUGGUGCCUGAUAUCCUGAGUCACCACCUUGGGCCUGGCUCUCCUAUGGCAAAGCGGCCACUUUCUGGGAGAGAGAGGGUGCCCCCUGGGCCAAGCUAUGUUCAGGUGUCUGUCCCCAGCCCUGGGGAGAGGGGUCUGGUGCUGACAGGCUGUCCUGCAGCUGUUCAAGUCCCGCCUUCUGUCCUCAGUACCUUCACCACUCUCCUGUGGCCCCGAGGGCAGUUGUUCCUCUUUCUGGAGUCCCGCCUGGUGCCGUCCCCUGUGAGGCUGCGGCCUUGGGCUCUGGCCUAGCUGGGCUGGCUGUGAGCCCUUGAGCCAGCUGCUUGCCCUCUCUGGGCCCUGCCUUCCUAUGUAAUUGCGGGAUCUCCCCAGCUGAGAUCGGAGAGGGGUGUGUUUUGACUCCUAGGCUAUCCCGCACUUCUGCCCCAUGAGGCUUUCCAGGUCCCGAGCUCCUCAGAGGGCUCAGGGAUCCAUCCUGUCCCCACAGUCGGAUAGCAGGACUCAGAGUGGGCGGGAGGGAGCAGCUAUUGCCCCACCGCUUAGGAGACGCCCCUGGGGCUGGGGGAGGGGUCCCUGCUCCGUGGAGAGGUGGUUUUGUACUGAUGCCCACACCCACUGUCCCAGGAGCAGAGACACCGCCCCAGAGGGCAUGGAUCUGGCUCCUCCUCUCCAGCGCGGCCCAGUCUGAUUCCUCCCUUUUGGCUCCUGGAAGGUGUAGAGCUGAGAUCCCAGAGUUCUGGGGUAGUUUUGGCUCAAACUGUUGUAUUCCUUUUCCUCCCCUUUGCCACUCAGCUUGGUUUGGUGCCCAUAACUUCCUCCUGGAUCAUCCCCUGAGGUUGGUGGGGCUUAGCUCUCCUGGGGCCCCUCGAAGCUUGUCCAGGCCCUCGUGCUGCUGGGCCCCUGGCCUGGGCAUUGGUCUCCUGCAGCGCGGGCCAGACUCUGAGCCCCUCGUGCUGUCACUGAGGUGCCCCAGUUCUCUGUGUCACGGGCCAGGCCGCCCCAGCGCCCGGACAGCUGCAUACACAGCAGGCACCUGUGUCAGCUCAGUGUCGCUUCUGCUCAAUGUCUACCUCUUGCAGUUCCCAUGUGGCCAGUGUCUUCCCCGAUGGCCGGCCGCUGCUGGUGGGGGCGGCUGGCACCACUGGCAAACGGGGCGCCCGACUGGGCUGGAGGGGUCAGGGAUCCCAGCCCCUAACCCUGCUCUCUCGACUAGAAAUGUGUCUUCUCCAGUCUGCCCGCUCCUGCCACCCCAGCCUGCCUGUCUGCCAGCUCUCUGCGUCCCUUCAAUCCUGCACCUGCAUUUCAGCAGCGCCGAGCAACUCUGCUGGGAAGGGGCGGUCACCCCAGGCUUCCCCUCUGGUCCUGCCUCCCGGCAGUUCACAUUCCUCCUUCACAUGACAUCUUUCUCGGCGUCCAUGAGGCACCAGCUCAUGUGGCUUAGCCACCUCAACCCUAAUCCUUCCCUUCCCUCCCAAAUAGCCCUGAACUCAACUUGGGCAGACUUAUUCUGAUUCUCUGAAACCCCAUCUCCUCUUUGCAGAAGGCACCGAUGUAUUACUCUCAAAUGAUAAAAUAAUUAGCGUGAGAUCCUUCUCCCCUGUCCGAUUCCCUCUGCCUUUCCUGAGAACCCCAGGCUUGGAGCCGGAGGGAGCAGGCAUGCCGGGCACUGGGGAAUUUGAGUCCAGGCUGAUUUGGGGGGUGGGAGCUGGGAUGUGGGUCCUAGGGGGAGGGCCCCCUUCCUUUCUGGAGCUCUGAUUGGGGCUCCGAAGCCUCACGCCUGGGAUGUGAGGGUGUACAGUGAGUGCUGCGGGCAGGCGCGCUCGCCGUGUUCGUGGGUGUGACUGUGUGGUUCUGUCUAGUGACCAGACUCGACAUCGUCGGUUCCAGUUCUGCUUUUCACAGCAACUGUAACCAAUAAGCACUUUCUCUUCUGGUGGUUUGUUGCAUUUUGUUCGUCCAGUUUUGUCGGAGAAAAACAAAGAGCCGAGUCUCGUGUUGUUCUCCGGAGGGGCCGCUGCCCCUCCCCAAGUCGUCCCGUGGCCCCAGUCGGCUGUUUCCUGGCGAAUCCCUCCAGCUCCCGUGAGCCGGCUCCACCGGGGCUGGAGAGCGGACUGACUUCCCUGCCUGACCAAAGCGCCCCAUUUCUCCGUGGCAUGUUUGUUCCUCCCAGUUGGGGGGCUGUCCUGCUGGAGGGCCCGCCUGCCGCCUGCCUGUCCCUUCGCCCUGUUGGGGGUUCAGGGUGCAUCCACAGCCAGGGCCUGCUCGCGUGGCAUCAUGGUUUUUUUUCUAAAGAGCUCGACUCCUCCCUUAGGCUUCACAAAAUAUGAAAAAAAAGGGAGACUUUUCAUGCAUUUGGAUGAGCGGCCCUCCUGCCCGGACCCUGGGCCAGAGAACACAAACAUGUUUGCACCCCAGUAUUCAGACAUCACUAGGGGCUGGGCUCUCUGGGUCUCCUUUUACCACUCUGGACCCAGACCAUGCCCAGAAGUGUCCUGCAGGCAAAGCGUGGCCCCCAUUUCUCAAUGAAAGCCGGGCCCGAGGCAGCAUGCAGCUGUGGGGAGGCUCUGCGUGGACACUCCCACCCGGCCCAGGUGCAGCCGGCCCGGGAGGGGUGCCCGGGCUGGAAGGAGCCUCGACACUGACCCCGCCUUAAACAACCAACUUUCCAGCUGAACCCCAGGGGUGUGGGUGCCCAGUGUGCUGGGGACCUAAUCUGCCACAAGAAGUCACCUCCCUCCUUCUGCUGCCUCUGGGUUUGGGGGAACUUUCUUAAAAAAUCAUACUUAGGGUCAAGUCCAAGCAUCGAGGCCUGGUCGGGGUCCUGCUCUCUUUGCUGAGAAACCGAGAGGGUGGUCGGGGUAAAUACCAGUUGGACCCCACUCUCGUGGGGGCAAGGAGUGGCAGGUGACACCAAAGAGGGGCAGGACAGGAGGGUGGCUCGCCCACGGGGACCCCCACCCUCGGACCCCACCAUCCUUUCUCUUUGUUUACUUGGUGGUGGCAGCCUGUCUGGUCUUGUUCGCCGUCUGACUGUUCCUGUGUGUACCUCUCAGUAUUGUCCGUGGUGGGUGGGUCUGUGGGGAAAAAGGUUUCUACCCGUCAUGGCUGCCUUGUACAAAAUCCGUUAGAAAAGAACAUGUAAACUAUCAGAUUUCUAACAAGACAAAAACAGCAUUACGGAGUUAAAAGAUUUUUACAACGGGUCUUGAUUUUGAUGUGAGCUGGUUUUUAACUCUCAAACGUUGUCACUUAAAUAAAAACCUUAUUUGCCUUUAAAA